AUGGUUGGCCUUACAGCAUCACUCUCGAACCUGAGCCGUUCCGACGGCUCGGCCUCCUACAAAUGUCCUGCCACCGGCUACGAUCUGCUCGGUGCCGUGAAUGCCCCCAUUGAGCUACCCGCCCGUCGUGACGCCCUGAAACCCGAAGAAGCGACCGUGGAAGUUUUCGUCAAGCCAGGAAAUACUACAGCAGGUGUUGGAGAACGCCAUGUGGAGGGAAUUCUCCGCAGUGUGCUGAGCAAGGUCGUUCUGGGUCGCGAACGAGGAUUUCCUCGUCGCGGCGUAGUGAUCACGCUGGCAAUUGUCGGAGGCGAGACUGUCGACCGUGGUGAUUCUUACCUUACCAUCCUUCCGGCCCUGCUCCAUACAUCACUCCUUGCCUUGCUAUCGGCCGCCGUGCCUCUGUCGAUGACAUUUUCAGCCACCCUAGUGGGUGUGAACAAGUCUGGCGCCAUCAUCACCGACCUCUCCGCUGUUGACGCAAAGGCCGCUGCGUCUCUCCACGUCCUCGCCUUUUCUUCUAAGAACCACCUACUUCUCAAUGAGAGCGAGGGCCGAUUUGAUUUCGACACUUGGGAACAGGUUCGAGACCGUGCUCUGUCCAUCUGCCAGGACAUGACUGCCCCUGGGCCGGAUGGAGACGUCGCGAUGGGCGAUGAAGCGGACGACUCUCGUCCCAAAGGAUUUGUUCGGGAGACUGUAGAGGAUCGCCUCUACAAGGACUACUCGUGGAAGAUUGAUUCCGUCUGA